AUGACUUCAGCUGUUGUUGGAUUUGACGUUGGUAGUCUUACAAGCUACAUUGGUGCCGCCAAAAGGGGUGGAAUAGAGAUAUUAGCUAAUGAUGUUAGCGAUAGGAAUACUCCGUCCUGCGUGGCUUUCAAUGGAGCCUCAAGAUUUAUCGGUUAUGCUGCUGAACAGCAAUCCGUAACAAAUCUUUCCAACACAGUAACUGCUUUUUCCCGUCUUAUCGGCAAAAUGGAAAAUGAUCCUAUCAUAAAUACUGAAAGGGAACAUGUUUUCUAUCAAAUUGUUUCAGACAGCCAAGGGCGGGCUGCUAUUAUGGUUCAUAUUAACGGAGAACCGACUGUUCUUCUUCCAGAGCAAAUCCUUGCUAUGCAACUUCAUAAGCUCACCGAAGUUGCUGAGGCGGAUCUUAAGACAAAAGUUGUGGAUGUUGUUCUGAGCGUGCCUUCUUAUUACACUGAUCGUGAACGCAGAGCGUUUAUCGAUGCUUCGAGAAUUGCAGGACUUAAUUGUACUAGGCUUGUGAACGAAACAACAGCAAUUGGAAUUGCGUAUGGUCUCACAAAGAAGGAAUUGCCUCCCUUGGAUCAACAGUCAAGAAACGUGGUGUUCGUAAGUCUAGGAAACUCAAACCUUCAGGUCGCUGUUAUUGCAUUCAAUGAUGGAAAGAUGCGAGUUCUUUCAACUGCCUGUGAUCCCUGUCUUGGUGGCAGAGAUUUUGAUAUGGCUAUCUUCAAGCACCUGGUAAAGGAGAUUCGAGAAAAGCAUAAACUUGACGUGAUGUCAAAUAAAAAGGCUCGCGUUCGUUUAUUGAAAGCGUGUGAUAAGUUGAAGAAAGUUAUGAGUACAAACUCUACGGAAAUUCCAAUUAAUGUAGAAUGUCUUAUGGAGGACACGGACAUUUCUUGCAAAAUGAAACGAGAGUUCUUUGAGUCGCUUUGUGAAUCUCUGCUUCUGCGAGUUAAACAGACAAUGGAAAAUGCUCUUGUAGCUUCAAAUCUUAAGGUUGAGGAUCUUCAUUCUGUGGAGUUAGUUGGUGGAGGAACUCGCAUUCCUGCUGUUAAGAGCCUUGUUAAGGAAGUUUUCCAAAAAGAUGGUAGCACAACUCUUAAUGCCGAUGAAGCCGUUGCCCGUGGAUGUGCCUUCAUGGCAGCCAUUUGCUCACCGGCCUACAAGGUUCGAGAAUUCUCCAUAACUGAUGCCUGUCCUUACUCAAUUUCGCUCAGUUGGACACCUUCAUUAGAGGAUGUACAAACUGCUGCUAAAGACGAGGACCCAAGUGAAUCUGCUCUUGGUGAUUCGACUGUGGUAUUCAAACAGCAGUGCCCCAUUCCUGCUACCAAGCAGCUUAAAUUCUACAGAAAAUCUGAUUUCACACUCACUGCUAGCUACUCUAAUCCUGAUGGCAUGCACAUAGUCAAUCCCCUAAUCGGAACUUUCAGAAUUACUGAUGUUGUCCCUUCACCGCCGGAUGAUACAGCCCAAGUGAGGAUUAAGAUGCGUGUAAAUGCUAAUGGCAUCUUCACUAUUAGUACUGCUUCUGUCAUGGAGAGAGUUGAAAAGGAGGUCGAGGUACCGAUUGAAGAAGAACAAACUGUAAAGGAUUCUGGAACUGCAGCCCCUGUUCCACCUCCAUCUGAAGUAAAAGUGGAGACGAAUAUUUCUUCACAAUCCGAUAAAGCUGAACCGACUCCCGCUGCUCCUGCUGAAUCGCAGCCCAUGGAGGCAGACUCUAAUGAAGUUGCCCCAGUUACCGCUAAACCCAAUGUGCGGAUUGAGAAGAAAACGUUCCUUAAACCACGCGAUGUUCCUGUCAAGUCAACCACCAUGCAGUUAUCACAGCAACAAUUACUUGAGUUCACUGAUUUUCAUGCAAAGCUUAAUCAGAGUGACGCUGUGGAGCGCGAGAGACAGCACAUGAAAAAUGCUCUAGAGGAAUACGUCUAUGACAUGCGUGGCAAGUUGGAGUCUACUUUGAAUCAGUUUACAACUGAUGUUGAGAGAGAAUCCUUCAGGAGAGAAUUGAAUGCUGCCGAGGAAUGGGUCUAUGGAGAGGGUGAAGAUGCGAAGAAGUCGAUCAUUUCCAAACGACUUGAAGCUCUCAAACAACCUGGAGAUAGGUUCAUGCUUCGUUUUACGGAAUUUGAAAACCGAACCUCGGCUAUCAACGGUCUUACAAAUGCUUGUGAAAAAAUCCAGCUGAUAUUGGAGAGCUACGCUGCAGGAGAUGAUAAAUAUGAGCAUCUAGCUAAAGAGGAGAUGGCAAAGGUGGAGAGUUCAUUAAAGGAUAAGCAAAAGCUCCUACAUAACUUUAUGGAAGCUAUCGUUAAAAUGGAGCCUACUUCAGACCCUACCGUUUUUACUGCUGAUCUUAUCCAUGCUAAGAGGGACCUGGAAGUAACUUGCAACCCUAUUAUUUCGAAACCAAAGCCAGCUCCCCCACCUCCAGAGCAAACGAGUUCACCAACAAAAGAAGGCGAAGGUUCGACAAAUUCAUCGGAUUCUAAGGAAGUACCAAAUGCAAAGGCAUCAAAGGCAGGCCCCCAAUCAACUAAUACUGCAGGCGAGGACAUGGAUGUUGAUUAA